UCUCCUCCCUAUACUGCCCAGCCGUGGUGCUAUUGUCUCGUUUCCUGUGGCCGUGAAGCAGACCCUCCAACAUACAUACAUCCACACACGCGCGCGCGAGCACGCCUCGCGCACGAACACCCCGGGUGAGCAGAGGCGCGUCGCUGGAUGUGAUGCGUUCAGUUUCUACCGGACUGGACGGAGCGAGGAGUCAGGACUAAUUGGAGAAGUGUUUGUUCCGUGACUUCUUCUUCUUGGUGUUAGUUUGGAAGAGUUUGAGUCGGGACAGCUGGAAACUACGAGGCCAAGCAGACAGACUGAGCAGCACCGACACAUUUGAGAAGAAACAGUAACGUUAUCUGUGGAGUUUGUCUCAUGACAGCUGCGCCGCUUCCAGACUGACAAACAUCAGGGAGGUGAGCUGUCACCAUCCAUUCAGCUGCCAGAUGACUGACCGGUUCUGCAGUCGUGCAUCCUGACUCUGUCUGCCUCCAUUUGUGUCUGAAUGUCCAUGAUGACUUGGAGGAGACUUGACUGGUGGAUCCCCUGCUGACACCUCCCGUCCCCAGACAUCCGCCCCCCUUUCCUGACGCCUUUGGUGCACCCUUUUUCUGUGGAGCCCCCACCUCCCUGUUUAAGCCAUCACCAUGGCUAGCCUGGUGCUCAACGAGACCGGAAUGGAGGACUGCGGCAUCGACGACUCCUUCAAGUACAACUUGUACUCGGUGGUGUACAGCGUGGUCUUUGUCUUGGGCCUGAUCACCAACUGCGCCGCCCUCUUUGUGUUCUGCUUCCGGAUGAAGAUGCGCAACGAGACCACAAUGUUCAUGACUAAUUUAGCGUUGUCCGAUUUAGUGUUUGUUUUCACGCUGCCGUUCAAGGUCUUCUACAACGUGAACCGCCACUGGCCGUUCGGAGACAGUCUGUGCAAGGUGUCGGGGACAGCCUUCAUCACCAACAUCUACGGCAGCAUGCUCUUCCUCACCUGCAUCAGCGUGGACCGCUUCCUGGCGAUCGUCUACCCGUUCCGCUCCCGCUCCAUCCGCACGCGCAGGAACGCGGCGCUGGUGUGUGCCGGCGUGUGGCUGACCAUCGUGGGAGGAGGAAUAUCGGUGACCUUCUUCUCCACCAUUAACAGCACAAACAGAGCCACCACGUGCUUUGAGGGCUUCUCCAAGAGCACCUGGAGGACCUACCUGUCCAAAAUCACCAUCUUCAUCGAGAUUGUGGGCUUCCUCCUCCCCCUCCUGGCCAACUUGGUUUGUUCCUCGCUCGUUCUGCGGACGCUGCGGCGCCCUAUGACUGUUGGUCACGGCUGUAACAGCAAGAGACGCGUCCUACGGAUGAUUGUGGUCCAUCUGGGCAUCUUCAUCAUCUGCUUUGUCCCUUACAACUCCAUCCUCUUCCUGUACGCCCUGGUGCGGACCCAGGCGCUGGCGAACUGCGCCAUUGAGCGCUUCGCCCGGACCCUCUACCCCAUCACUCUGUGCCUGGCCAGCCUCAACUGCUGCCUGGACCCCGUCGUCUACUACUUCACCUCAGAGAGCUUCCAGAAAAGCUUAACCAUGGGAAAAGGGCCGGGCUCCCGGGCCGAGAGCAUCCCCCGCAGUGAGACCGAGACCCAGGAAACGGCGAACACUCUCCCCAGAGACACGCACAAUCCGGCCAGCAAUGGAAAAGAGUCAAAAAUGUCUGAGAGUCAGUUCUGACUGAAGAAGGAAGGUUAAAGAAAGACAAUGUGGGUUUGACAGGAGCCCUGAAUUUUUAAAAAACAAAGCAAUCAGCUGUUUGGUCCUGGAAGUGACAAACACAUAACUCAGCAGAUUAGCUAAAUCCUGAGGUAAAUCCUGAGGUAUGGCCUGGGAUUUACGGAUUAAUCCACCGCUGGAGAGCAGAGGAAUGUAUCUGUGUGUGUUUAUUAUGAGAGAACACUACGGGGAUCAGAGACCCAGCCACACCGGGACUAUUGUCCAGAGACACGCAGAGCCUCUAAAAGAGACUGCAACACAUCAGCACUCAGGCACACAAACACUCACAAAUGCACUGGAUCGUGGACAGAAUGGAGCUUUUCCAACCACACUGUUGAAAUAUGCUGUUUAGUACUUUCGUAACACACUGAGCCCUUAAGUUGUAUUGUUAUAAAGUUCAAGCUUUCACAGCACAUUAUAUCAUUUUAGACGUUAAUGUCAUGACACUCAUUAGUGUGGUGAGUUAUUAUAACACGGCAGCGCGCUGACCUACUGAGUACAAUGUGUCUCAUGUUGAUGUUGAGGCCAUUAAAUGUCUGUUUUGAA